AGCGCGUCGCCAUCAAGAUCCUGGAUAAGGCCAAGCUGGACCAGAAGACGCGGCGCAUGGUGACGCGCGAGGUGGCCAACAUGGAGAGCGUGCACCACCCCAACAUCAUCCGGCUGUACGAGGUGGUGGAGACGUACUCCAAGCUGCAUCUGGUCCUGGAGUUCGCCGCGGGCGGGGAGCUCUACCACAAGAUCAGCACCCUGGGCCGGCUGCCGGAGCCGCAGGCCAAGGUCAUCUUCGGCCAGAUCGCCUCCGCCGUCCACUACCUGCACGGGCGAGGCAUCAUUCACAGGGACAUCAAGGCCGAGAACGUGUUCUGUGCCGGCCCAACCCUCGUCAAGCUUGGCGACUUCGGCUUCAGCACCGAGCUGACCGCGGGGAUGCAACAGCAGCUGAACACGUUCUGCGGGUCCCCGCCGUACGCCGCGCCGGAGCUGUUCCGGGACGAGUCGUACCGCGGCCCUCCCGUGGACACGUGGGCGCUGGGCGUGCUGCUGGCCUUCAUUGUGACGGGCCACAUGCCCUUCCAGGCGCCGACCGUCGCCUCACUCAAGCGCCACAUCCUGGAGGGGCACUUUAGCCUACCGGCGCACCUGUCCGACGAGUGUCAGGGACUCAUAGAGGCCAUCCUCAGGCAGACGCCGUCUGAACGUCUCACCAUGGAGCAGGUCUUGACGUCGGAGUGGCUCCGAGGCACUCCUCUCCCCAAAGCGGACGACGACCAAGGCGACUGGGUGACCCUCCCCACCAGAGUCAACGGCACGACGCCCGCCCCGGCGCCCGCCCCGGCGCCCGCCCCGACCAGCACGGCGGCCGAGGACGGCACCGCCCCGGCCGCGGUGCCAGCGUCGGCGACCCCUGCCCUGACGGACAUUGAGGUCCUGGCCCGCGAGCGGCUGGCCGCUCUGGGCAUCGGAGCCGCCCUGUUGCACGAGAACAUCGACAAGGGUGUGCGCUCGCCCGUCAUCGGCACGUACCGCCUCGCGGUGCACCGGCUGCAGAAGCAGGCCUCCUCGCACCCGCCCACCCCGGACACCCACCCCGGCGCACUCAACGGGGACUCCAACGGGCGAGCCGGCCAGGACGACGGCACUCCGGGACGGCACUCGCUGCAGGGCAACGGGGCUCUGUCGGGCGCAGCGUCGGCAGGCGGCGCAGCCCGGGGCCUCUUCCGCAAGGCCAAGUCGGCAGCUGCGCCCAAGCAGGAUAAGGAGAGCAACGGCGCGCACGCCACGGUCCGCUCCAGGACUUGCGUUCUGUUGUAGGCUAGGACUGUGCCGAAGUAGCCACGGCCGGCCGUCAUAUUGGAUUCCUCCUCUUUUUAUUAUUCGGAAAAUAGCUCAUUAUUAAAGGUGAAUCAAAUGGAGGGCGAGAUUCUCAACUGCCUACAAUUUGUGUCAUUCCGGUUGCAGCUUUUAUUCUACACAUUUUUUUUUCCUGAGUCAUUUUUUUUUUUUUCAAUUCAGUCUCUCUCUUUCUCUCUACUAGCACAUAAUUAAAUUUGUUGGUUCACAAAUGUUACCAAAAGCCGACUUCCCUCCUCCAAUUUUCAGUUGGGCAUGCAAAUUGCUCUAAUGUAUGCCCCUUUUUUCUUUAAACUGACUGUGUAUUUGCAAUUAGCUGAUGCAGGACGCAGGAGGAUAAUCAAAUAUUGCAGAGUGUGAAGA